UUUGAGGUGCUACAGGAUACGUUUUAUCCCAACCAGCACAAACCUUUUCCAAAUUUUCCCAGGACAUCACUUGCAACAAACAGGUCCAACAGGAAGAUGUGAACAGAGUUUAAAAGGUGCUGCAGGACUGCAGACAUUCACAGGAAGCUGGACCACAACAAUGGCUCUGCUGAACCUUCUUCUCUUUCUGCUGUGGCUUGGUGUUCCAGUGAGCUCAAUGUCUCUGCAGAAAAGAGUCGUAAAUGGUCAUAAAUGUAAUGACAAAGAGCGUCAGUAUCAUGUGAGGAUUGACGGAAGUAAUUCAACACAUGAGUUUUUUUGUGGAGGAUCUCUGAUCUCUGAUGAGUGGAUUCUGACUGCAGCUCACUGCUGGGAGCCUGGAUGGUUUAUAACAGCAACUUUAGGAAUUCAUCCUAAAAGUGCUAAAAAGGAGACUCGUGUAAUCACUCAUCAUGAGAUCUAUAAAGACAACCUUGGUAAGGAUCAUGACAUCAUGCUCCUGAAGCUGCCGAAGAAAACAAAAAUCCAGCCUAUACAGCUGACUGACUGCCAAACAAGUCUCCCAGUAGGCACCACAGUUCAGAUUGCAGGUUUUGGAGCAGGAAUAGCAGGCCUUAAAAAUAAACGAAUAAAAGAUACUCCAUCUGAUCUUCUGUGUGGAGACAUGACGAUUAAAGAUCCUAAGAAGUUGAAAGCUGCUUUUUUGAAGACAGGUCGUAACAAUGACUACUUACACCAGUCCUGGAACUGUGCUGUAAGCUCUACGACGGACACAUCUCCGGGCGACUCUGGUGGAGGAUGGGUCUACAAUGACCAGCUUUAUGGUGUUCAUGCUUUCACUGGAAAUGCAGACUAUGCAUGCAGUCAACCAGCUGGUUUCAUGGACGUCUGUUCGUACAAGCCGUGGAUAGAAAACAAAAUGAAGUGUCUAGGGUGUGGUUAAUUUGAUAUUUCUCCAUCAUCAUUAAAUUACUGCAUUUACCUUUAA